UGCCCGCUUUCCCUGUUCACUCUGCCCUACUAGGACGCUGUGCAAGCGCCUUGCUUCACAAAAUGAGGCGCAUAGUGAAGGCCGCCGCGUUGGCUGCGAGCACUACAGGGCUUUUCUCCAGAGUCCAAACUCCAGUUGCUUCAGGGAGAAGUCUUUCCAUGUCACAGUCCCUGCAGCAAGUGUCAGGUCCUGUGUGGAACCUGGGUCGGCUCAACCAUGUGGCCAUAGCAGUGCCAGAUUUGGGAAAGGCCUCGUCAUUUUAUAGGGAUGUUCUGGGGGCCCAGGUAAGCGAGGCGGUCCCUCUUCCAGAACAUGGAGUAUCUGUUGUUUUUGUCAGCCUGGGAAACACCAAGAUGGAGCUGCUCCACCCACUGGGGAGUGACAGUCCAAUCACGGGCUUUCUGCAGAAGAACAAGGCUGGAGGAAUGCAUCACGUCUGCAUCGAGGUGGACAAUAUAAAUGCAGCUGUGACGGAUUUGAAGAAAAAGAAGAUUCGUAGUCUGAGUGAUGAAGUAAAAAUAGGUGCACAUGGGAAACCUGUGAUUUUCCUCCACCCCAAAGACUGUGGCGGGGUCCUUGUAGAACUGGAGCAAGCGUGAUCUGUAAUUGGCAGACACUUAAUUGGCUUGAACAACUCUUAUCAAUACUAUCAGAUGUAUUAUGUUACUGCUUCCUCUACUUAAAACGUCAAAUUAAUUACAGAAAGAUUAAAAUAUAUGUACACAUAUAUA